CCUGCCCAGUUACACGAGCCAGCCAGCCGGAACAGCAGCUUCUCCGUUUAGGUGUUUCUGCCCAGGGAGAGCUGCCGAUUCCGAAGCCGACUCCAGCAAUGGCCUUUGCAAAUCUACGUAAAGUGCUUAUCAGUGAUAGCCUGGACCCUUGCUGCCGGAAGAUCCUGCAAGAUGGAGGGCUGCAGGUGGUGGAGAAGCAGAACCUGAGCAAAGAGGAGCUGAUAGCCGAGCUGCAGGACUGCGAAGGCCUUAUUGUCCGCUCGGCCACCAAGGUGACCUCUGAUGUCAUCAACGCGACCAAGAAGCUGCAGGUGGUGGGCCGGGCUGGCACAGGUGUGGACAAUGUGGAUCUGGAGGCUGCAACAAGGAAGGGCAUCCUGGUCAUGAAGUAAGUUGUGGAAGUGGUG